CUUUUCCCCCACCCCCCAUCCGGUCCCCUCUUCUGCCUCGCCUGCCUCGCCCUUCUCCCUCUCUCUUUCUCUCAUCCCCCCCUCAUCCAUCUUACUCAUCGCGUCUCAUCAUCGUCUCGACCCUCCUUCGCGAUCUCGUCUUUUGUCUUUGCCCAUCGUUGGCCCUCCCUUGCCAACGAUGCCGCGAAUUGACAAGAGCAGACGCGUAAAGGGUGAAGGGGAAGAUACGCAACCCUCACCUCCGCCUCCGCCAUCUCCGCCUGCCGUCACGACGGAGUCUCACACGUCCUCCACGCUCCCAACUCCACCCAUUGCGAACAUGGCCUACCAGCAACCCACGUCCCAGCAAUCACAACACCACGCGUCUGCGGGUGCCGGACCUUAUUACUCUUCUCAACAGGCACUCCCUCCUCCCUCGCGAGGCUACGUGCCUGCAGGCAGCUCGGUCUACGGACAUAUUCCAUCUCAGCACGACGUGCAGCAGGGAGGAUACCAGGGAUCGAGCGCACACAUGAGCUAUGCCGCGCAUCCAGCUCACAGCUACAGCAGCGGAUUGCCCAUUCACCCUCAAUACCAACACCAGCAGCACCAGCAGCCCGGUCAACAGCCCUCGUCGUCGUAUGGCGAGCCCCACCAAUAUGCAGGACACGUCUACCAGCAGCAGCCCGGUGCCUACCACACGUCUCAGGACGACAUGUACCACCCUCACCACGGUUCCAUGGGACAAUCUCACCACGGUGCCAUGUCUCACUUGGACAACGGUAACGGACACGCGCCUGCUGCUCAGGGCCCCACCGGAGGGUCAGGCUCAGACACAUCGGCCAGUGCUCUGCCACAUGGUAUGCGCCCAAAGAGGCGACAGGUCAAGAACGCGUGCAUCAACUGUCAGAAGGCUUGCAAGAAGUGCGACGAAGGAAGGCCCUGCACCAGAUGCAUCAAGUACGGACUCGUGGACACCUGCCAGGACAGCAUGAGGAAGGAGAGGAAGCGAGGAAUCAAGAGGGGCCCUUACAAGCGACGCGCUACCACGGGCUCGUCUGCUCAGCCCGGUGGUGCCUCUUCAUCCACCGUGGACUCGCUUCAGGGACAGCAGCACCAAGGUCCACCUGCUCCUCAACCCUACCAUCACGCGGACGCGCCAAAUGGCGGUGGUAGCAGCAGUGGCAGCUAUGAUAGCUACCACAUGGCUGCUCCUGCCUCCUACAGGCCUAUGCAAGCAGGAAAUGGCAACGGAGGACCAUACACUUCAUCCCCGUCCCCGUCGCUUUUUCCGCGAGACCAGCCCCGCCAACAACCCAACGCUAAUGACUCGAGAGGAGCUUGGGCUGGUCCGUUAACAAUCGAUGCUCCUUCUCGAGCAACGUACGCGCAAUCGGUACAACCACAAUCACAGCAGAUGCAGCAGCAGCAAUUUUCGCAAGGGCAAGGCUCUCCCGUCUACCCUCCUGCACAGCAACCACAGGACUUCAGGUCUGCUUCCGCACCCCUGGUCCCUAACCUAUCUUCUUCUUCCCCUUCUCAAAAUUACAUUCAGGGCCCGCCUCAAUCGGCCGGCAGUGCAAACAAGAUGUUGCCGCCUUCUCCCAUGUACGGUACAUUCCCUCUCCCUUCACCUACUGGAGCCAACAGCCGUCCUUCUGGUGCAGUCUUCUCGCCUCCCAGUCUCUCUGCGAGCACCAGCAGCAACGGUGCUAUUGGCAACUACCUGAGCUCAUACGGAGGUGCUAGUGGUCAGCCCACUCAGCUUCAACGUCUGCACUCUGACAGCAGUGGAAUCAGCAGCGCAAGCUCUGGGCAGUUCCCUUCGCCUCGCACGCCUCUGUCUGCUACUGAGCAAAUUCCAGGUGGCAUGAUGAGCAGCGCCAACAUGGCUGGUAGCUACAUCAAGUCGCCCGUCUCUUCCAUGGCAUAUCCCCAGCCAGGACAAGGGGGACCUACCUCUGGACCAGGAGCUCCAACGAGUGGCCCGAAGCCCUUCCCGCUACAGAUGCCUCAAUUCCCUCGUGCCAAGGUGGAAGCCAAGUACUGAGCGGCAAAAGACCGACGCACGGGCGGGCAAGCGGGCACUGAAUGCCUUCGUCCUCCGACGAUGGUCUUUUGGCCUCGAUUCGCAUCCCGAUGUUUCC